AUCUUUUGUGUCUGUGACCCCGCUCCCGCGAUCCUUUCAGAUCCUUUUCUCUCGUGUCUGUUGGUUGUAGACAAGCAUACACUGAGUGACAGUCGACACCUUGACAUCCCACACUGUCACAUCCUUCCCAAUAACAGUGACUAGCAAGAGUACUCAAGAUGCCCAAGCCCACCAAUCGGAGCCCAAAGGCGGGGGUCAAGUCUCCCUCGGCGGCCGUGGCAUCGUCGGCGACACCCUUGUCCCGAUCCAGUAAUGCGUCUCAAAUCUUUUUGGCCGCCGUCUUUGUGUCUUCCUUGUUUUCGCUGGGGCUCAACAUUUAUCUCUCCACCAAAUUGGCAUUGAUUGGUGAAACAAACAAUCUACAAAACAACAUGAAACAAGCCUUUAUUCAGUCGCCAAGACACAAACCAGGCGACCAUCAAAUAUUGACGGCUGCCGAAGCGCACGCUGGAGGGUUACCGGACGACUUUGCGUCGAAACUCAAAGCAGCAUUUGCCGCCAAGGCCAAGAAAAAGUUGGAUCUUCCUUCGGAUCAACAGGGCAAACGAGGACUGGACACCGGACACGAUUUGGCCGGAUUGAAGUGUGAUGCCUACGGGGGACCGUCCACCGAUGUGGCACAAGAAAUGGUCUAUUGGGAAGAUAUUCCAUCCGAUGCCAGUUUCGUCAGUCCCUUUAAACGAAAAGAUAAAACACAGUACUUGACAUUUGAACCAGAUGAUGGAGGAUGGAACAACAUACGAAUGAACAUGGAAACGGUCUUGGCACUGGCAUUUGCCAUGGGAAGAACCUUGGUAUUGCCACCGGAAAAAGAAUUCUACUUGUUGUCCAAAACAAAAGCAGAACAUGGAGGAGAACAAAAGAAAACAUUCUCCUUCUCACAUUUCUUUCACAUGGAAUCCAUACACAAUGAACAUGUUGGAAUCGAUAUCAUCACAAUGACACACUAUCUGGAAUCAGUGGCCAUGAAGGGCGGAAUGGUCGAUCGAUACCAUGGCGGCAAAGUCAGAUUUCCACCCAACAAUCGCACCAAUUGGGAUGGUGCCACUGAGAAGGAACUCAAGUACCUCUAUGCGUACCUCCGAGAAACCAGUCACACUGUUGUUUGGACACCAGAAGAAUGCUUGGCAGCCUUUCCAAAAUCACACAAAAAGGACGAUGAAUGGCAAUUACACCAGAUGGUAAAGAACAUGCUGGAGGAAGACGGAGUACCUCAUUGGGAAAAGUAUGUGGGACACCCUACUCCGGUAGAUGGAGACACACUCUCGCGACUCAAGGAAAAUUGGGCGCAACGAAAAAAGCUGUGCAUCUAUAAUGGCAUUGUGCAACAACAAAGUUCGGUACAUUUUCCAACAGAUGAGAAGUUGAAUGCACGACUUCUCGUCCAUUUCUAUGCAUUCCUUUUCUUUCAAGAUUGGAGGCAUGAUCUAUGGAUGAAACGCUUCAUUCGCGAUCAUGUGCGCUAUAUCGAUGAGAUACAAUGUGCUGCCGCCAGAGUUGUAGAAGCACUUCGAAAACGAGUGAGAGAGCGCAAUGCUGAGAGUCACAAGGGUUAUUUUCAUACCUUUCAUGUCCGACGGGGAGACUUUCAGUAUAAGGCAACCCGGGUUGAAGCAGAUGUAAUGUAUCGAAUGGCAAAGAAGAAUUUGCCGGAAGGAAGUACAGUCUACAUUGCAACUGACGAACGCAACUUAACUUUCUUCCAGCCGCUCAUGAACCACUAUGAUGUUGUCUUUUUGGACGACUUUAUUGGUGUCCUGGGCAAACAAGUAAACACAAAUUAUUACGGUAUGAUUGACCAACUUGUAGCAUCCAGAGGAAAAGUCUUUUUCGGAUGUUGGUUUUCGACGUUCACAGCAUACAUCAAUCGGCUUCGAGGAUACCAUGCCGACAAUCAUCAAGAACCAGGAUACAAAAAUGGCAUUGUCAACUCAUAUUACUAUGCAAUGGAGGAUCGAUAUGAUCACAUGCAACAGUUCUAUCCUGUGAAACAGGCUUUCUAUGCAAGAGAAUUUCCAGCAGCAUGGAGACUCAUUGAUACAAGUGUGGGCGACCUUGGACUUGAUCCACCCAAGCAAUAAGGAUAGUUGAGUUGACGAUUUGGGAUCACGCCACGACUUGCUCGAAGGAAAGUCGUCAUCUUUUGAAAUCUGGACAGGAACGUUGCAACACCCUUUGGCUCCACCAUAGCUUUUACGGUUCGGUACGAUUCGCGUAUCGUCGUCGUUGUCGACGUCAACGUCCGCACCGAACGAAUCACGCUUCCCAACCGGUCCCACGCAUGAGCAGCACAAGCGCCAUCGGUCACGGACAGGAAUGCUACCAGUACAAUACUACUCGUAGCUUGAUUGCAUCAUUCUUCUUGCUAACAAGUAAUAGUAUCCAGCUGUCGAAUUAGUAUCAUUCAAGGCCCCGAGGCAGCUCCUUGUUUGCGGCUUCGAAUUUCGACGAUCGAGAAGGGCAGGGCGCUUUACUUGAAAACUGUUCAUUCUGCAAGUAAACCGUGAAGCCUUCAUCGGCGCGGUGACAAUGUGAGUACCCAAUUUUCCACCUCUUUAUCGGUUUCAGUUCAUCCGCGAGAGAAUCGACCGGGCCACCCGCGAGAAACUCCACUUGGCGCCCAUGUUGUGCGGUCUCAACCACUUGCCACCGGAUUCUCCAUACAAUCUUUCCCUGUAAGACCAGGUGUGAUUCUAGCUCGAUCAAAAGCUUGGAAUGUAGUCGAGGAUCCAAUGAUCCCAGAGGCUGGUCGAAGAUGGAGACUUGCGUUUCGGUACGAUGAUGCAUGCUCCACUCAUCAUAAAAAGGGCUGCAAGCCCGUCGUGGCACAUCGAGAAACCACUCUCCUCGGCGAUGCCAGAGCGACCGAUCCACAGGAAUGUUCUCGUCCUGGUCCACCGUGUUUCCUUCUUUGUCCCAUUUUUGCCGCUUGAUAUAUUGAAUCCAAUGGGCCUCUUUAGUAAUGACAGAAUCAUGGCUCCGGAACGAAAGCUGAAUGUAGCCCUUCCCAUAACGGUUACUGUUGUAAUCUUUCCAGGUCACGUCUUUCCAAGCUUCUACCCUUCCCAAUGUUACUCGCUGAUUGUUUUCUCGAUCCAUUAUGAUACCGCCCCCGUAUUUUGGCAACGCCACCCCAUGGAGGCGUUGGAUCCCUCUUCUUUUCGACAUGGCAUCAUCCUUGACGGCGGUGUCACAGUUGGUCGCACUUCUCCUGCGAUCAGUCUUCUGAAAUUCAAUGGCACUUGACACCAAGAGGAAGGAAAAAGCUGGAACGAGACGAUGGAGGUUCCGAGGAUGGGACAUGUUAUAAAAUAGGUAUACCGGUAUCAGUCUCUCACCGACCUGAGAACAUCAAACUCUAUCGUUGAUGACAAGGUCGACGGGCACCACCGGAUUGGGGAUCUUGCGCUCGAGAAAAAUGAGAGGAAACCCAGCAAAGCUGUUUUCUUUGGGGCAAAAGAACAGCACGAAUGA